GCGCAGAGUCCCCGCAGCGCCGGUCGGGAGCGCAGCGCGGCGCAGCUCGGCGCGCACGGCGGGAGCGGCGCGCGAGUGGUCGGGCCUGGCGGCUGGACGGGCGCCCCUCGCUGCCCCGCGCGCUCCCCGCCGCCCCCCAUGAGCGCAGCCCCGCGCGGCCCGGGUCCGUAGGCGGCGGGGCGCCCCCCAUGCUGCUGCAGCCCGCGCCGUGCGCCCCGAGCGCGGGCUUCCCGCGGCCCCUGGCCGCCCCCGGCGCCAUGCACGGCUCGCAGAAGGACACCACGUUCACCAAGAUCUUCGUGGGCGGCCUGCCGUACCACACUACCGACGCCUCGCUCAGGAAGUACUUCGAGGGCUUCGGCGACAUCGAGGAGGCCGUGGUCAUCACCGACCGCCAGACGGGCAAGUCCCGCGGCUACGGCUUCGGGAUUAUUUUUGUCCUUGAAGGCCACAUUUCCCAGGCCUUGAACUUUGACGGGAGGAGCUGGAAUCCAGGAGGCAUCUUUGUGGGAGAGCCCCAGGUGACCAUGGCCGACCGGGCGGCAGCUGAGAGGGCUUGCAAAGACCCGAACCCCAUCAUCGACGGCCGCAAGGCCAACGUGAACCUGGCAUAUCUGGGCGCCAAGCCGCGGAGCCUCCAGACGGGCUUUGCCAUUGGGGUGCAGCAGCUGCACCCCACCUUGAUCCAGCGGACUUACGGGCUGACCCCGCACUACAUCUACCCACCAGCCAUCGUGCAGCCCAGCGUGGUGAUCCCAGCCGCCCCUGUCCCGUCGCUGUCCUCGCCCUACAUUGAGUACACGCCGGCCAGCCCGGCCUACGCCCAGUACCCACCGGCCACCUAUGACCAGUACCCAUACGCCGCCUCGCCUGCCACGGCUGCCAGCUUCGUGGGCUACAGCUACCCGGCUGCCGUGCCCCAGGCCCUCUCAGCCGCAGCCCCCGCGGGCACCACCUUCGUGCAGUACCAGGCGCCGCAGCUGCAGCCUGACAGGAUGCAGUGAGGGGCGUUCCUGCCCCGAGGACUGUGGCAUUGUCACCUUCACAGCAGACAGAGCUGCCAGGCCAUGAUGGGCUGGCGACAGCCUGGCUGAGCUUCAGUGAGGUGCCACCAGCACCCGUGCCUCCGAAGACCGCUCAGGCAUUCCGCCUGCACCCUGGGACAGUGGAGAGACGGCUUCUCUUUAAUCUAGGUCCCAUUGUGUCUUGAGGGAGGACUUUAAGAAUGACUGAGAGCUAUUUAAAGAUGCAAUCCCAGGUUCCUUGCACACCAUGGCAGCCUCUCCUUGCACCUUCUCCUGCCUCUCCACACUCCAGGUUCCCUCAGGCUUGUGUCCCCACCGCUGCAUCGUGGCGGGGUGUCACAGACCCUCUGCAGCCCCUGGCUGCCCUGGACUGUGCAGAGAUGCCUGACUCCAGGGAAACCUGAGAGCAAGAAGUUAAUGGACUGUUUAUUGUAACUUGAUCCUCCCGAGCUGUGAGCGCAGUCUGAGGUGUGAGGACACGGCCUCCUGUUGGAGUCCCAUUUUCUCCAUCAGGGCACGUGGGCGGCUUCCUCAAGCCCGAAGGAGCUCCCAGGCGCACAGGGGCCGCCGGUAACAGGGGCAGCCGGCCAAAGGCCCCUUUCCAGUCAUAGCACUGAAGUUGCAACUUUUUUCUUGUAAUUGUUUUGCUACUAAGAUAAUUGCAGAAGUUCAGUCUAUUUUUUCAGCGGAUACUGCCGCCACCAAGAAUCCAAAACCUAUUUUUGACUUGGAGAGACUUGCUUUUGUUGGUUCCGCCCGUGGAGACGACGAUAGUGUUUCUGUAUAAUAAAGUGUCUGCCGGCUCGCGGGCCAGGAUCCUCUCGGUGGGAUGGGCACCACAGACAGGAGGCCCCUCAGGCCCGUGCGGGCCACUGUCUGCUGCCGCCUGCCGGGGUGGCAGAGUGAGUUGUCUCAGGACCCCGUCACUGCCACGUUGACACUCCUCUCCCUUCCCUUCCUCCCCAACUCCCCAAACACUGUGGAAGGGGAGAAGGAAGUGAUCCACAGCAUUCAGGCCACUUGGGGUCUAGACCAUGGUGGUGCCAGCCUAGGGGGGCAGGGGCCCUCAGCUCUGCCCGCUGGAGCGGUUGAGUGCAGAAGGGUGCGCCUCUUCCCUCUACCCCCGCACCACCUGCUGUGUGCCAGCCUGAGACGGUUCCUGCCUGUCUUGGGGGUUGGUGGAGGGUGGAGGCAGUUCUGCCAGCCGUGGCAGGGCUGCUAUGGGGCAUCCAGGGCUGUGGGGGUCUGGAGGAGGGGACAUGAGGUGAGAGGUAUCCUGGCCGAGGACGGGGGGCAGCGGGGGGUCUCCCUCCGGACCUACCUCAGGGAGCUGAGCGUGCAGGCGCUCCAGGGCAGGCCUGGGACAGAGUCAAGGCCCAGAGAAUAAAGGUAGCUAAUCUCAUAAUAAUAUUUUUAUUAGAAUGUUCUGAUGAUAAAAAUAAAACUUGUUUUCUUUAAAGAAAA